UUAAGUUUAGAUGCUUCGAGUUGUUUCAUUGCACACACAGGGGUUGCGUAGGAUAGUAAAUAACUUGUAUUAUUUGUGACAUUCAUUACGAAUAAAACAAAGGAAUUUUCUUCCUUCUGCUGUGAUAGACACUACUUCUAGAGAACUACAUGUUAUAGUCUUGCCAAGAAAAAAUAGUUCUUUCUCUCUGUAGCGUAGCUUGGAACAAUUCUGAUUCUGCUGAGUUGCUGUUUCGCUAGUUAAAUACAAAAUGCCGACAGCCGAAGGACUUGCUCCAGAAAUCAAGGAUUGUGACGAUGGGUCCAUUAUCGUACAAUAUAAGCCAUCCAAAAGUGGAACCCAUGAGGUACAGAUGUCAUACGAGGGUUCUGCAACCGAGGGAAGUCCAUUUUCAUGCGUUGUCGACGAAAUUGGCGGUGCAUACGUCACCGCCUUUGGUGCUGGUCUCGUUGGUGGCAUGAGUGGACAAAUGCAAAGUUUUACAAUCACAGCAAAAAAAGGAACACUUGGGGACAUAGACAUCCAAAUUGAUGGACCAACAAAAACUGAUUAUAAGCGACAAGACCGUGGGGAUCGAUGUGACGUCACUUUUAUGCCAAUGACACCAGGGGCAUACAAUAUUAACAUUAAAUAUAAAAGCAAAGUAAUUAAGGGAUCGCCCUUUGUAUCCAAAGUUUCAGGUGAAGGCCGUAAGAGAUCACAAAUUUCCUUAGGAAAUGCUAGUGAAUAUGCAUUGAAUGUCAUGGAACCAGAUAUAGUCGAUCUAGUAGGGUCAAUUAAAGGUCCAAAGGGAGGUUUCGAACCUUGUAUCCUGAAGAAAUCUAAAGAUGGACAUUUAUGUAUAUCGUCGUUUUCUCCAAAAGAAGCUGGUGAUUAUCGUGUCCAGGUCUAUAGAGAUGAGAAAAACAUAAAAGGAAGUCCAUUUGCAGUGACGGUAAACGAUAAUGAACUCGCUCAUGCAAGCAAGGUCAAGAUCAGCGGGGCAACAGAAAAGGCGAUAGCAAACGAGUCAAAUGUUUUAAACAUCGAUGUGUCAGAAGCAGGAUAUGGAGGAAUCACUGUAGUGAUUGAAGGUCCUCACAGAUCAGAAAUUGAUUACGAAGAAACCGGAAACCGCACUUUCAAGUGCACUUACAGUCCACAUGAACCAGGAAUAUACAUCCUUAACGUUAGAUUUGCUGAUGAACACAUCAAAGGAAGUCCAUUCCUAUUGAAUGUUGGUGGUGAACCCUCUGGUCGUCUCAGAGAAACAAUCGAAAAAGAAAUGGUCCAAGCAGAGCCGGUAAAGAAAGGAACUAAAUGUGAAUUCCUAUUGAAAAUUCCAGGAACAAAUCCAUUCGACAUGGAGGCUUCAGUGACCGAUCCAGCUGGAACAACUGAGUUGUGUGAAAUUAUGGAUGAAGAUGACUUCCACUACAGAUUGAACUUCACACCACACAAAGAUGGACUUCAUACGCUUAGUAUCAAGCACAAAGCUCUUCAUAUUUCAGGCUCUCCAUUCCAGUAUUCUGUUGGGCAGCUUUCCUCUGGUGGAUACCAUAAAGUACAAGUAGGCGGACCUGGAGUAGAGAAAGGAGAAGUUAAAAAAGAAAAUCACUUUAACAUCUACACAAGAGAAGCAGGUGCAGGCCAUAUGUCAUGUGCUAUUGAAGGUCCUUCAACUCCAAAAAUGUUUUUGGAGCAGAGACCCAAUGGAUUUUUAGGUUUAUCAUAUAAAGUUGAAAAACCAGGAAUGUAUGGUAUACACGUUAAAUUCAAUGACGAGCACAUACCAAAUUCACCUUUCAUGGUCAACAUAGCUCCAGACAGUGGCUUGGCAAGAACUGUCACAGUCCACGCUUUGAAAGACAGAGGACUCGCGGUUGACAAGGCAACCACAUUUACAGUUUCAUACAAUGGUGCAAAGGGCCGUUUACACGCAUAUUUACGAACCCCAUCUGGCGGUCAUGAGGACUGUUUCGUACAAGAAAUGGAUGACGGAAUAUACGCAAUUAGAUAUAUUCCAAAGGAAAAUGGGGUUCACUAUAUUGACAUAAAACUAGAUGAUCACCAUAUUCCUGACAGUCCUUUUGCCGUCAUGGUGGGUUCAGCUGCAGCUGAUCCAGCUAUGGUCUGUGCCAAUGGUGAAGGUCUUGAAAGUGGAAAGACUGGUGCGAAGAACAAAUUUACGGUCAGAACGGCUGGAGCAGGAUCAGGUUUCCUAGCUCUCACCAUUGACGGUCCAUCCAAGGUGGCUCUGAGCUGUAAAGAAGUGGACGAUGGUUAUGAGUUCAGCUACACUCCAUUUUCUCCAGGAAAAUACCUCAUUUCUAUUAAAUAUGGAAAUAUCAAUAUAGCCGGAAGUCCAUAUGUUUCUGAAAUCACAGCUACUCCUGGUAGUGGACGAAAGGCAUCUCCGGUGAAUGAACAGAGUACCAUGGUUGUUGAAACAGUCGAGAAACAACCUGGUCAAAAAUCACUAGCAAGAUUCAAAGGUGACGCAGGACGAGUUGUUGUUCGUGGUCCAGGACUCAAAAAGGCAGUUCCUGGCCGUCUACAAAGUUUUACCGUUGAUGUAAAGGACGCUGGAGCAGCAAUGCUCAUGGUUGGAAUGAUUGCACCAAGUGGAAUUGCAGAACCCGAGCUGUUGGUCAAGAAAAACACAAAAACUGAAUUCACUGUCAGUUUCAAAGUACAGGAGGUUGGAGACCAUACAUUAGUUGUAAAAUACGGAGAUGAAGAUAUUCCAGGCAGCCCAUUUAUUCUUCAUGCAGGAUAAACACAUUCAAAUCUCUAUACAAACAUUUGUUGCUUUUUCAAAUUUUCAAGUUGUAAUUAUAUAAAAUUUACGAUAUUUAUAAUUUACCAAUUGACAAAGACAAUCUUGAGAAUGUUAGGGUAUGGAAGUAUUUUUUAUGAAAUUGUACAUGGAAAAUCUUUUAUAUUCGAAAGAGUAAACUUACUGUAUGAAUAUUUAUAUUUCUUUCCUUCCCUAGGCUAGUCCCUAAUUUGUCAUGACAUUAGAAUUUAAUAGUUUAAAUGUUUUAUGUAAAAAUAUAACUAAAGCUAACUUGCAUUAUAUUUUUGUUUAUAAUGCAUCACUUAGUGGACGUUAUUAAAAUAUGUGAUAUGAAUUUUCCACAUUUCAAUAUAAACUUUCCCUUGUGAUAGUAUGGAAUAUAUGUUGGCAACUGACUCAGAUUUGAGUACAAGGAUUGUUGUACUAUUUACACGAAUAAAUGUUUACAUCACCAUAUAA